AUGAAGAUCGCGGUCAUCGGACAAAGCCUGUUUGGCCAGGAGGUUUACAGCCACCUGCGGAAGGAGGGCCACGAGGUCGUGGGCGUGUUCACCAUCCCCGACAAAGACGGGAAGGCCGACCCCCUGGGCCUACAGGCUGAGAAGGACGGCGUGCCUGUGUUCAAGUUUCCCCGGUGGCGGGCUCGGGGACAGGCCCUGCCCGACGUGGUGGCCAAAUACCAGGCUCUGGGUGCCGAGCUCAACGUCCUGCCGUUCUGCAGCCAGUUCAUUCCCAUGGAGGUCAUCAAUGCCCCCCAACACGGCUCCAUCAUAUACCACCCGUCUCUGCUCCCCAGGCACCGAGGGGCGUCGGCCAUCAACUGGACCCUCAUCCAUGGCGAUAAGAAAGGGGGCUUCACCAUCUUCUGGGCGGACGAUGGCCUGGACACGGGGGACCUUCUGCUGCAGAAGGAAUGCGAGGUGCUUCCAGAUGACACCGUGAGCACCUUGUACAACCGCUUCCUCUUCCCCGAAGGCAUCAAAGGGAUGGUGCAAGCCGUGAGGUUGAUCGCCGAGGGCAGAGCCCCCAGACUCCCUCAGCCUGAGGAAGGAGCCUCCUACGAAGGCAUUCAGAAGAAAGAAACAGCCAGGAUCAACUGGGACCAGCCAGCUGAGGCCAUUCACAACUGGAUCCGUGGGAAUGACAAGGUGCCCGGUGCCUGGACAGAGGCUGGUGGACAGACAUUGACCUUUUUCAACUCAACAUUGAACACCUCCGGCUUGGUCCCUGAGGGGGAAGUUUUGGCCAUCCCCGGAGCCCAUCGGCCAGGCCUGGUCACCAAGGCGGGACUCAUUCUCUUUGGGAAUGAUGACAGAAUGCUGCUGGUGAAGAACAUCCAGCUGGAGGAUGGUAAGAUGAUCCCGGCCUCGCAGUUCUUCAAAGCAGAAGCCAGCAGUGCUCUGGAGCUGACGGAGGCAGAGCUGGUCACUGCCGAGGCUGUGCGGAGUGCUUGGAAACGGAUCCUCCCCAGCGUCUCAGAGGUGGACGAUUCCACGGAUUUCUUCAAGUCGGGGGCCGCAUCGGUGGAUGUGGUGAGGCUGGUGGAGGAGGUGAGGGAGCUGUGUGACGGGUUGGAGCUGGAGAACGAGGAUGUGUACAUGGCAACCGCCUUUGGGGACUUCAUCCAGCUGCUAGUCAGGAAGUUGCGCGGGGAGGACGACGAGGGUGACAGUGACAUCGACUAUGUGGAAAAAUCAUUGAACAAGCUGGAGCUCCGCAUGCCCCACCAGCUCUUCAUCGGGGGGACGUUCGUGGAUGCCGAGGGAGGCCAGACCUAUGACACCAUCAACCCCACGGACGGCAGCGUCAUCUGCCAGGUGUCCCUGGCCCAGGUCAGCGACGUGGAUAAGGCAGUGGCCGCGGCCAAGGAUGCCUUUGAGAACGGGCGGUGGGGGAAGAUCAGCGCGCGGGACCGUGGCCGGCUCCUGUACAGACUGGCAGACCUCAUGGAGCAACACCAGGAAGAGCUAGCCACCAUCGAGGCCCUGGACGCCGGCGCCGUGUACACACUGGCCCUGAAGACCCACGUGGGCAUGUCUAUACAGACCUUCCGCUACUUCGCUGGUUGGUGUGACAAGAUCCAGGGCUCCACUAUCCCCAUCAACCAGGCCAGGCCCAACCGGAACCUGACCUUGACCAAGAAGGAGCCUGUCGGGGUCUGCGGUAUCAUCAUCCCCUGGAACUACCCCCUGAUGAUGCUGUCCUGGAAGACGGCUGCCUGCCUGGCCGCUGGGAACACGGUGGUCAUCAAGCCUGCCCAGGUGACCCCGCUCACAGCCUUGAAGUUUGCGGAGCUGACAUUGAAGGCCGGCAUUCCCAAGGGCGUGAUCAACAUCCUCCCCGGAUCUGGCUCGCUGGUUGGCCAGCGGCUCGCAGACCAUCCCGACGUGAGGAAAAUCGGAUUCACGGGCUCCACGGAGGUGGGAAAGCACAUCAUGAAGAGUUGCGCCCUAAGUAACGUGAAGAAGGUGUCCCUGGAGCUGGGCGGGAAGUCACCGCUCAUCAUCUUCGCCGACUGCGACCUCAGCAAGGCCGUGCAGAUGGGCAUGAGCUCCGUGUUCUUCAACAAAGGGGAGAACUGCAUUGCGGCCGGGAGACUCUUUGUGGAGGAUUCAAUCCACGACCAGUUCGUGAGGAGGGUGGUGGAGGAGGUGGGGAAGAUGAAGAUCGGCAACCCCCUGGACAGGGGCACCGACCACGGGCCACAGAACCACCAGGCGCACCUCAACAAGCUGCGGGAGUACUGUCAGCGAGGCGUGAGGGAAGGGGCCACGCUGGUCUGUGGCGGGAACCAGGUCCCUCGGCCAGGCUUCUUCUUCGAGCCCACGGUGUUCACAGACGUGGAGGACCACAUGUUCAUAGCCAAGGAGGAAUCCUUCGGGCCCAUCAUGGUCAUCUCCCGGUUUGCCGACGGGGACAUGGAUGGUGUGCUGUCUCGGGCCAACGCCACAGAAUUUGGCCUGGCCUCCGGUGUCUUCACCCGGGACAUCAACAAGGCCCUGUACGUCAGUGACAAGCUGGCAGCUGGGACCGUGUUCGUGAACACGUACAACAAGACCGACGUGGCCGCCCCCUUUGGAGGAUUCAAGCAGUCUGGAUUUGGCAAGGACCUGGGAGAGGCGGCCCUGAAUGAGUACCUGCGGGUCAAGACGGUGACUUUUGAAUACUGAACAGAAGUGGCCUUCAGAAGGAUGACC